UAUGUGCUGGAGCAAAUAGCAGAACACUGUCUGGAACUCUCAAUGGACAAGAGCGGGUGCUGUGUGGUGCAAGGCGCUGUGAGUUACGCCAAGAUUUACGGCGAAGCUGAGCUCCUCGACCAUCUUUGUGCUCGAAUCGUCUCGAAUGCCCUAAUCCUUUCCGAACAUCCUUUCGGGAACUAUGUUGUGCAGUAUGUAAUCGAGCUGAGGAUGGAGGCGGUGAACGGGAGGAUAGUGAACAGGUUGAUCGGGAACCACGUCGGGCUGUCGAUGAGCAAGUACGGCAGCAACGUGGUGGAGAAGUGCCUGCGGAUCUGCGGGGACAAGGAGAAGGCGGUGAUCAUCAACGAGAUCAUGAACAGCCCUCAGUUUCUCGACUUUCUCCAGGAUCCUUACGGCAAUUAUGUUGCUCAGACGGCACUCAAGAGAUCUGAGGGUGUUCUGCAGAACAAACUGGUUAAUAUGAUUCAAGAGCAGUACCCGUAUUUGCACAGCCAUCUUCAUGGGAAGAAGGUGCUGGCUCGAACCAGCAGAUCAGGGAACAACAAGCAACUGCAGCAGCAUCGUGCCGGUCCGAGUGUGAUGAUGAUGAUG